AUCGCCGAGCAUGCGCUUGGACGUGGCGGUCCAUCUCGGAGUGGCGGCGGCGAAGAAGAAUCUUCCCAUAAAGCUUCGAGUUGGGCGCUGGGCUGGAGUACCAUUGGGAGGAUUCAAGUGUUUUCUCUUUCUGUUGUAGAGUGCAUGAAUCCUGCAUCAAGACAUGUCCGAAGUCAAGCGGAGGAAAGGAAACAUUUCCAAACCAAACGAAGAUGAACAAAAGAAACAAGUUGUCAAGAGUACCAAAUCCACGAGGAUGGAUCUGCAAACAGCUUCAAGUUUGUUAUCUCUUGUUGCUAGUCUCGGGCUAUCGUGGUUUCUUUUUCAACAGUCUGUUCAGCUGGCUGCUGUAGAAAAGAAAUAUCACAUAUUAAAGGAGGAAGCUGUAAAGUUUCAAAAUAUGGAAAAUAAAAUUAGCACAAUCUCUGAAAAGUGUGAGAUGGUACCAAGUUUGACAAAACAACUGGAAGAUCUUAAUGUAAUUCCUCAGAUGAAGCAUCUGCAAAAUGAGAUUAGCAUCAUGCAGAUAAGAUCCAAUCGGUUAAUUCAAGAAGAGGAGGAGCUCCAUCGAAAUUUAACAUCUCUCUCUGAUGCCGUUGCUAAACAUGAGGAAAAAACUAAGGGCAUCUCUGUAAAAAUUGCAGAUGUGAAGACUGACAUUAGACGCAUUUCAGGUCUUCAAACAGAUAUAUCCUUAUUAGUAGAGAAUCUAGAAAUUCUAGAAGACAAAGUAAAUAAAGUUGAAAAGGCCAUAAUACAGAAUAUAGGGGAUGUUCUUACUAGUAGCAUUGACAGGACUACAAAGCUAAAAAAUAUUGCAUCUGAAAAUAGCAGAGAAGUAAAGUACAUAAAGGAAAAAUCAUUUGAGUUGAAAGCCAACUCUACCAAGCAACUCAAUAAACUUUUAGAAUUGGAAAGUGAUCGAGCUAAAGUUUUGACAACGGUAGCCUUUGCAAACGAGUUAAAACCUAAAGUCCACAAUUUAAAGAAUGAUUUGGCACAUUUGCUACUUAUAUUAGAUGAAUUAACAUUGAGAAUAGGAAGAUUACUUGGGGAUCUAUUGGAAAGCCAGAAGGAACUUGCUCUCCUGAAUAAAAAGCUAUCUAAUUUAACCUCAGUUCAGACUGAAACUGAGUGACAACUAUUUAAAAUAGGAACACAUCUAAGAACAUUUUAAUUCUAACUCAAGAGUACCUUAUAAUAAAGUUGUGUUAGGUUAAAUCAUACAAUUUAAAAGAAUGUGCUGCAUAUAGCAAAUUUAAUUUUCAAACAGGCAAUUUUGUUUCAAUGUCCGAAUUAGACAUUCUUCAAGUGAAAUUACAAGUUUUAAAUUAUCAGUGAAAAUGCAAUACCUUUUAACAUUGGUGAAAAUCUGAUAAAAUUUAGGUUUGCAUCGUGUUUUUGCAAAAUAUUUCCAGCAUUUUUAUUAAAAAAAACCAAAACCCAGCAUUGGAGAAUUUCUGAUGCAAGAUUUUAGUAGUUAGACAAAAUCAUUUUUAAGGAUUUUCAUUAAAAUAUUUUCCUAUGCCUGCUGUAAUUCACUAACAAGAUGGGUAUAAUUGAUUUCUUAUGAUAUGGUAAUAUGCUUUUUAACAAUCCUCAACAAAUAAUGUUCAAGACUUAAGACAGGGGUCCCUAACCCCCAGGCUGUAGCCUACUACUGAGCCUUGGCCCAUUUGGAAUCGGUGACCAGGCGGUAAUUGCACUUGCAUGCAAAGCUCCGUUUGUGCAAGCGGUGUGCAUGCCUGCAACUCACACAGAACCAUCCCCCUUUCCCCCUGGCCACUAAGGCAGAAAGUUGGGGAUCACUGACUUAAGAAAUGUAAUAUUUAUAUUUAUGGUUUCCAAAAUUGUAUCUAUUUACUUCUGAAAACUUAGUAACUGUUAUCUUUAAUUCUGAACUUCAAAAUCAAUGUUAAAUAUAUUGAAUAUAUUUCAAAUAUUUUGAUAACUCUGUAAAGAUUCAUCCAUACGAUUCAAACUGAAUGCUUGAGGUAGAUCUAACCUGGAAGCAGAUGUAUUUAUAACAUAAAUUUGCAAUUUUUAUUCUUACUGUGUUAAUUUGCUUGUGAUAGCCUUAAUGGUAUAGGAUAUUUUCCUAUCCAAUGUAGUCUUUUUCCUUUUCUCUGGUUAAAAUAUUUUGUUGUAUUGCACCAUUGAUAGUAUACAUGAUUAGGAGUACCCAUUUAGAUCACUGUUUCAAAAAUCAUUUAAUUCAUAUUAGAACAAAAUAUUACAUGUAAAUGUAAAAUUAAAAUAUGUGCACUUUUCAUUUCCUUUCAGAUUUAGAAAGGUUAAAGGUAGAACUUAGUAAAUAAAAGACUGUUUUCAUAAAUAUGUUGUUUUUCUUUAUUAGGAUGACAGCAUUUCCUCUUAUCAGACUUAAAAUUAGGAAACAAAGUCUUUCUAGU